UUAUCAUUUACAAAUGCACAUACACAAUAUCUUACUUAUGCUCAUCAAUGAUCUUGUUUCAUUGACCUGAUGACGUGAACUUUAGCUCUGAUUUGUCAAGCUUUACUGUAUAUAUAGUAACAUAUAAUGCGUGCAUAGACUCAAACUAUAAAUUUACAACAAUUCCAGUGCUUAUUAUAUUACGUGACUUUAUAACAGCUGAACUUAUUUCAUCCAGUCAUAUCACCGAUUGAUUCAACUGUCAUUAUACUGAAAAACGGAUUUAUUGAAGUCAAUAAACACCCGUCAAAGUUAGUAUACUGAACUGAACACAUUUCGCCUUAGCAUAUUCACUAUAAAAUCCUUAUUAUGAUGGAGAGUCAAUUUUUACCAGAAAUUGAUCCAGAAUUGGAUUAUCAAUACAAUAAUACAAAUUGGCUUAUCAAAACUAGAGAACCAGGUUGUUUCGGAGAUGGUGCAAUCAAACACCUUAUAUCACUUCUCCUUAAACAAAGUGAACUGUCAAGAUCAUUAUUUUCGGAUAGAGGUGUUUUCAGAGUUCCAUUCAGUGAGGAUAUUGUGCUUGAGGAAGAUGGUUUUGGAGAAUAUUCUUUCGAUUGGUUUCCCCCAGCAAAUCGGUCAGUAUUACCAGCAAAUAUUGUGGUGUAUAUUCAUGGUGGUUAUUGGAAAUCUAUUGGAUGGAGAGAGUGUAGUCACUGGGCUCUUCCAAUUGUCAAUGCCGACUGUAUAUUCGUUUCUUUAGCCUAUAAACUAGCGCCUAAAGAAAAACUCGAGUUCAUGCCACAAUGUUUAUGUCUUGGAAUGCAAAAGGUUAUAAACCUUACUCAAAAAAUGUUCAGCCAGCAGGAUGUUAAGAAACUCAAUAUCACCUUAGUUGGUCAUUCCGCGGGGGCUCAUUUGAUACUUGAAAUGAUACACCAUGCUCAGAAGCAAGCUGCAGCAAAUGAAAAUUGGCUGACUUCUUUGAGAAAUCUUGUUCUCAUUUCGGGUGUAUAUGACCUGCGUCCAAUCAUUAGAACAAAUGUGAACAAAGCAUUGAAACUUAAAUCAGUUGAAGAGGCUUGGUGUGUAAGUCCUAUCCGCCAUUUCACACAAGAUGAUGUAAGCGUGUUGCUGCAAAAGCCACUUCACUGGCUUGUUGCUUGGACGGAAUAUGAAUCACCAGCUAUCCAGAAACAAUCUAAAGUUCUAAUAGAAAUGUUAGACGAAGCAUCAAAAAGAAACAAGCAGUUUACCUACGAAUCGCUCUGCAUCGAGAAUGAAGAUCACUUCACAAUUAUCCUAGGACUUCAUAGUGGUUCGAAUAGCAGUCGUAUGCUGAAAAAGAUCCUGCAGUUAACCAACAAUACAUACAACUGACGAACAGAAAUUCAUACCAACUUAUGAAAGCACAUUUAGCCGGAAAUGGCACAUUCUCUUCUAUAAACUUUCCUGUACGAUCAAAUGGUAUUACUAUGAAUUCAAUAAAAGCCUCAAUUCGAUUCUAUUUCCCCACCAACUAGUAUUUCAUAAGAUAUUUAGUAAGAAUAAUUUCGACAUUUAAUUUACACAGAUUAUACUGCUAUUUUCAUAUUUUAUUAGGUUUCUUUU